CCUGACAUCAAGGGUACGCUAUAAGAGUCAGCUGAUGAGUGGCUCUGCAUUGCAGUACCAGAGAAUAGACAGUGUGUACAACCAGCAUCUAAUAAACGAAGACGGGUCUAGAGCGACGAAACGACGGAGCCAUGAUUUUUCUCACGCUCUUAAUUUCCACAGCUGUGGCGUCCCCCCUGCUGGGCAAGGAGCAGUGUGCCAAGGGCCCCUCCUACUGGUGCCAGAACAUAAGGGCUGCGUCCACGUGCGGAGCCGUCGCCCACUGCCAGCAGAACGUCUGGAACAAGCCUCAGGAGAGGUCUGUACCAUGUGACCUGUGCAAGGAGGUGCUGACUGUGGUGGAGCAGCUGCUGAAGGACAAUGCCACUCAGACUGAGAUCAUGGGCUAUUUGGAGAAGGCCUGCCAACUGAUCCCAGAGCAGAGCUUUGCCGCCGAGUGCAAAGACAUGGUGGACAGCUACUACCCCGUCCUGAUGGACUUCGUCAUUGGAGAGCUGGAUGACCCCAACAUGGUGUGUUCGGCUCUGGGGCUCUGCGUCUCCCAGCAGAAGGCCCUCGGAUUGGCCCAGCUCCUGUCCAAUGAGAUCCCUCAGGUGGACCUGGCCCAGAGUGCCUCUCCCUUCCUCCUCAAUGUCCCACAGCUGCUCUACCCUCAACUGUUCCCCAAACAGGAAGCUCCUAAGGAGGAGGCCCCCAAACAGGAAGCCCCCAAACAGGAGGACGAUGCCGUGUGCAAGAACUGCGUGCAGUUCAUCGACUCCGUGCAGGCCGAGGCCCGGGCCAACGCCUCCUUCAUCAACGCCCUCAUCGGCCGGCUCAUGCAGCAGUGCGAGCUCCUGGGGCCCGGCAUAUCUGACAUGUGCAAGCAGUAUGUGUCGCAGUACGCCGACCUGGUCUUCCUGCAGCUGAUGUCCAUGAAAGCCCAGGACAUCUGCGCUGGUGCUGGCUUCUGCCCGGCUGCCCGUCACUCUGUCCCCAUGGAGACGCUGGUGGCAGCCAAGAUCCUCCCAGCAGCCAAGAUCCUCGUGGGAGAGCUGAGACAGCCGGCAGCAGUGAAACCCGUUGAGCUCAAACCCGCCAAGAAGAUAGUGCAGCUCCAGGACUCUCCCGGGUGUACCAUCUGUGAGCUCGUCAUGAAGAACCUGGAGGACAUGCUGCAGGAUAAGACCAGUGAGGAGGAGGUGAUCCACGCGGUGGAGAAGGUGUGCUCACUGCUGCCCAGCAAGCUGGAGGCCCAGUGUAAGGACCUGGUGGAGGCCUACGGCGAGGCCAUCAUCGACCUGCUGGUGCAGGAGGCCGACCCCAAGACCGUGUGCUCCGUCCUGGGGCUGUGCCGGGACGCUGGCCGCUCCUUCAUCCCCCUGAUGAGCCAGGCCAAGUUGCAGCAGGGUGGGUUCUGCGAGGUGUGCCAGAUGAUGGUGCGCUACGUCGACGGGAUCCUGGAGCAGAACGCCACGGAGGCGCAGAUCGAGGAUGCCGUGAAGAAGGUCUGCAACUUCCUGCCGCCCUCGGUCAGCACGGAGUGUGAGCAGCUGGUCGCGCAGUACGAGCCACUCCUAGUGCAGCUCCUGAUCCAGGUCAUGGACCCAGACUUCGUCUGUGAGAAAUUGGGGGCCUGUCCUGAGGCCAAAGCUGUCGCCAAACUCCUGGGGACAGAGGAGUGCACCUGGGGACCGGGCUUCUGGUGCAAGAACAUGGACACAGCCUCGCGCUGCAAUGCUGUGGAGCACUGCAGGCGCCAUGUGUGGAACUAGGAGGAAGAGGAGGAGGAAGACCACGGUCUGACCUGAGGAAAUUAGGGAGAACUUCUGUAGUGCUGCUUCCUUUCCGGUUUUAAAAUUCGGUCCCUUUUUUUUAUUUUUAUUUUUAUAAAUAAAAGCCAAGAACCGCAAUUUAACGGUCUUUAACAAG